UAAAAACCAAUCGUUAUCGAUAUCAACAGUUGAAAUGGCUGAAAACAUCGAACAAAUACGAUUGCUACGACAGAUUGAGGAGUGGAAGACUAGUCUUCACCACACUGCGAGCACGCCUCUUUCCCGCCAGAAUCGAGAACGUUUGAGCGCGUGGCUUCGGAGAUUAUAUACUCCGAAUGGAUCACCGCUGUACUUCUAUGCGCAGGACGACGAGUCAGGUUUCCCCCUGUUCCCGCGGGUACGCGUGAGCGCGGCCAUCGAUGGCCGGACAUUCCAUCCGCAGGUUAUAUCGGACCAUGUGGUUGAUCAGAGUAGGGGCUUUCAGAAUAAGAACCUAACUCAACUGCUCAAGGAUCCAUCUGCUCGAAUUGACUGUCUCGUGUGCGAGCAGCGCGAUCUGUCAAACAAGACGUUUUUCGAAUGUGAGUACGAAACCUGGGUCGAAAAAACCCAAAAGAUCUGGUUCGAGCGUUUGGCAAUCCGCGAAUCGCCUGGGAAGGGCUACUGCCUUUUUGCACGUGAGUCCAUUGCAGCUUGGACUUCGAUAGGCGAGUAUCGUGGCGAGCUGGUGAAAUCGUCCUGGAAGGCCACCGCUAGCGAAUCGGCGUACUGGGCUAACAUCCACUGUGAAGCUCCGCGUAAGAAUAACCGUGGUGGUCAAACUCUUUGCAGAAUUGACGGAUCCAAGAAGGGCAGUCUUAUGCGUUUCGCGUCACACUCCUGCAGCCCUAACGCUCAGCUCGCGAAGGGCCGCGUUGGUUCAGACAGAUACGCAGUAGAGCUGGUCUCUAUGGCCAAUGCGAUUCAGUCUGGCGAGGAGAUCACCAUCGAUUACGGAACGGACUGGUUCGCGGACGGUGAGUACUGUCUCUGUGGCUCUCCAGAUUGCCGAAAGCCUGCAAUCUGA